GCGCCCCUUCCUCGACACGAGCCGCCGGCACCGCUCGGCACUGCUCCGCCGGCACCGCUCGGCACCACUCCGCCGGCCAGUCCGCCGCCAUGCACCGGCCUCCGCCGCUGUCGGUGCUGAUGGCAGCGAUGUGUCUGCUGACGGCGGUCUCCGGCGCCGGACGCCACCGCCGCCAGCUGGGCCGGCCCGGCUCGGCCUGCUCGGAUCCGUUCGGCCGAGCGGGUGUGUGCGGCACGCUGCACCAGUGUCCGGCGCUGCUGCAGGUCGUCUCCGGCACGGGCGUCAGCUCGCCGCAGACAGUCCACAUCCUGCGCCAGUUCGUCUGCGGCCGAGUGCAGCGAACGCCGCUCUUCUGCUGCCCCUCGAGGGCCGGCGCCGGUCAGCAGGCCCGUCCUAGCGGCGGCGGGGGAACAGCUCAGCACCAAGGUUCCCCCGAGCAGCACCCGAACCGCGCCAUCGUGGAGCGCGGCUUCUCGUGCGGCACCUACUUCAGCGACCGCGUGGUAGGCGGCAAGCAGGUGCCGGUCGGCAAGUUCCCCUGGGUGGCUGUGCUCGGCUACUCGGACCGCGGUGCGCCGGUCAAGUUCGAGUGCGGCGGCACCCUCAUCAGCCUGCAGCACGUACUGACGGCGGCGCACUGCGUCGCAGACCUUCCGGCCGGCCUCCGGCUCACCACCGUCCGCCUCGGCGAGUACGACUUCAGCUCGCCCCUCGACUGCCUGCGCUCGGGCGGCGGGCCGCGCAACUGCAGCGCGCCGCAAGACUUCCGCGUGGCCCGCACUUUUGUACACGAGUCCUACAACCGACCAAACGAACGCGACAACGACAUCGCGCUGCUCAAGCUGGACAGGCCCGUGUCCGAGACGCUCUUCGUCGGCAAGAUCUGCCUGCCAUUCGGCGAGGCGCGCCAGCGAAACUACGACGGCGUCGGUAUGACGGUGGCCGGUUUCGGACGCACGGGGCCGCGGCGGUUCGGGCCCAACAGUCUGGUGAUGAACGAAGUGCGUCUGCCGGGGGUGCCACUCCAGGAGUGCAGCGCCAUCCUGCGCAGCAAGGGCGCCGUCAUCACGUCGAAACACAUCUGCGCCGGCGGCCAGCCGGGCCAGGACUCGUGCGCCGGCGACUCGGGCGGUCCUCUGAUGGCCGCCACACGCACCGGGCCGCCCUACAGCCUGGUGGGCGUGGUGUCGUUCGGGGCGGUGCGCUGCGGCGAGGGCGGGGUGCCCAGCGUCAACACGAGGGUCUCCGAGUACCUCAACUGGAUUCUGGACAGGGUAGAUCGCUGAGGGGUGUUACGUCCAGUGCGAUGUAUGUGUGCAGGUAGACGAAAAAUGUUCACUGUUCAGUGUUUAUUACGCUUUGUUUUGGCAAACGAGUGCAGUGUGAAACUUGUACUGUAUACGGCUGGUCCGUCUUGCUCUGUCGAAUGGUAGGAACUGGCGACUGGCGAAAUAACAGAAGCUGAAUUGCGUCGUACCAGCUCCAUUUAAAGCCAUGUCAUUGCCAUAAGAAUCGCUAAUUACCGCUCCCCAAGCAGAGCUUUGUCGAAUUAAUACUAAAACACGAUGUCUCAAUAUCUUUUUUCGAAUGGCUCUGUUACUCUUUAA